AUGAACAUAUUGAAAAAUUACUUUAACCACCUUGACAAACCUCUGUAUCCCAACUCUGAAAACCCCAAGGCCAAGAACUUGACAAAAUUCAAUGAAUUAUUACUUGUGGCAUACCGAGAGUUUAGCAGUGUGACAGAUGAAUUGGUCAGAGAACUGCGACAAACCCAUCAAUUAAAGGUCGUCGCAGGCAUUGAAUCAUUCACAAAACGAUCAGCUGUGCGCAACAUUGAAGACGCAGCAGGACUAGACAAAACAGAGCUGGGCAUCAUCUACGACAAAUUCUACAACGUGUUAUACUACAAACAGCAAAAACCAACAGAACGCAGCGAUUCCAAAAUGGACCUCAAAUCAUUUGAAAUAUUUAUAGGGUCACUUGCUUCCUGGGCCAAGAUUGAGUCAGAAGAUUAUCAACUGGAUCGUCAGAGACAGUUGAAAGUGGCAAAAAAUUUCUUGCACCAGUUGUUCAAUGUAUUUGACAGACACCAUACACAACAUCUCAGCCUUCAGGACGCCAUCAUCGGAGUUGGAUCUAUCCACAAGGGCGAUCUGAACACACAGAUCAAGCUGUUCUUUGAUUUGCAUGAUUUGGACAAGGAUGAAUACCUCAACAAGGACGAAGUGGUGCAGCUGUCAGAGACACUGCUUUGGAUUUUCAGAAAUAUUCAAGAUGAAGAUCAUUUGAACGCUGUAUCUACGUUUUUACAUAAUGCGUUCGAGUACUCUGAGACUAGAGGAGACGAUCAAUAUUUGUCCCUGGGAUCAUUGAGAAUGAUUGUCCUUGCUGAUGAAACUUUGGAGAACUUCUUUGACCAUGAAUUUGCUUACUCUUUCAAAUUAUCAGAGAAGGAGACUGAACAGCAACGCAGUCUUGGAAGAGAAAUAUUUGAUAAUCUACUCGCAACAGGCGCUAAAUUGGCCUCAUCUACAGGCGUGAGUCGACCACAAUUGAAAUCAAAAUUGACAGAUGUCUCUUUGACAUCAUCCGAGAUGCAAGCUACAAUUGACUCUAUAGAGAAUGCCAAACUUGAAGACAAAGAGGACCUGAUCAACAAGGUAUCAGAUAAAAACGACCAUCCUCAGGAGAAACCAGAAGUGCAAGACGCUAGUAAAACCGAUGCAGAAAAGAAGCGCUCUUCACCAGCAACAGAGGCCGAAGGAGCAGCUGAAAAACAUGUGAUUGGAGACUCUGACAUGUCAGACGACGACGAUGAUGAAGAGGAAGAGGAAGAUCUGAGCCCUGAUGUGCUAGAGGAGGUUGAUAGACUACUGAAGGAGUAUGAUGAUGAAGAUGAAGAUUAA